AUUCAUCGUACCAAAUUCCUCUCAACGUCUAGACACUUUAUAGAGUAAUCCUCUAUCACCAACUGAGCCUGGGAUUGUUCUAUUUUCUCGGAACUAUCAUCGAAACUAGCAAACGCACUAUGCCUACACCUUUGGGUGAUGCCCAUAUGAAAUGGCUCGAACAGCUUCAGGUCAUGAGAAAUGCCAUUGCUGAGCUUAAAUUGCCCCCAGAGUCACUGAGACCCACGCCCUAUGGAGCAGAUAUCGAAUUUGCAGAUGGCGAACUCUCCGAAGAAACAAGUACAGACGAUAUUUGGGAUAUCAGUGACGAUUAUGAAGAUGACUACAGCAGUGACUACUUGGAUGACAUCGACCCGGCCCAGACUGGGAAUGUAAAAUACAACCAAGCAUGGCUCGCUGAUCGAUGUGCUAUUGUUGCUGCUAAAGGCUCUGGACUUGACUCAGGCUCUCUCAAAGAGCAACUAAUUGCCAUUCUUGCGAGUGACAGCAAUGAUGAAGAAUUGCAGAUGAUGUUGGCGGACAUUGUCGGAUUCGAUGAAUUGGAUCUAGUGGCGGAUCUUAUUACACACCGUCAAGAACUCAAAGACUCGCAGCACGAAUCUGCGAGCAAUGGCGUCGUCGGUCGUUUGCAAACGAGAGCGGAAAGAGAAGAAGCACUCCGACGCCAGGAUUUCGAACAUAAACAUGCUACCUUGGCAUCUGCAGUUGACCGCAAAGGCCCCCAAUACCCACACGUUUAUCGAACAUUCGAAGCAGGAAACAAACUAUCUGCUUACGGCAAAAAGUUCGCGCUUCCUGCAAAUCAUAAACAUCACGAUGACCAGGUGUACGAAGAAUAUGAAAUUCCUGCGGCGCCUGUGGGUGUCCUUGGAACCGGUCGCAAAUUAGUCGACAUCAAAGACAUGGACGGGCUUUGCCAACGGACAUUCAAAGGCUACAAGUCUUUGAAUCGUAUGCAAAGUUUAGUUUACCCAGUCGCGUAUUCUACCAGCGAGAACAUGCUUAUCUGUGCACCAACAGGUGCUGGUAAAACUGAUGCAGCAAUGUUGACAGUUCUAAACACUAUAGCAAAGUACACCAUACCAAAUCCGAUUGAAAACCCAGAUGCUACCGACUUCACACUUCUUGCUGAUGAUUUCAAGAUCAUCUAUGUUGCGCCGAUGAAAGCCUUAGCUGCAGAGGUGACUGAAAAAUUGGGGAAACGAUUGGCUUGGCUUGGUGUUAAAGCGCGCGAAUUGACCGGAGACAUGCAUCUGACAAAAGCCGAAAUAUUAGAUACGCAGAUCAUUGUAACCACUCCAGAGAAAUGGGAUGUCGUCACACGCAAGAGCACGGGCGAUACUGAGUUGGUCCAGAAAGUCCGUCUUCUUAUCAUUGACGAAGUACAUAUGCUUCAUGACGAGCGUGGAGCUGUUCUGGAGAGUUUGGUCGCUAGAACCCAGCGGCAAGUUGAGAGUACACAGUCUCUUAUUCGAAUCAUCGGCUUAUCCGCCACGCUACCGAAUUAUGUUGACGUUGCCGAUUUUCUCAGGGUGAACAAGAUGGCUGGUCUGUUUUACUUCGAUGCCUCCUUCCGCCCUGUUCCGCUUGAACAGCAUUUCAUUGGAGCGAAAGGCAAACCAGGAACCGUCAAAUCAAGAGAAAACUUGGAAAAUACCGCAUUCGACAAGGUCACAGAUAUGCUUCGGCACGGGCAUCAAGUGAUGGUAUUCGUGCACUCGCGUAAAGACACGGUUAAGACGGCCAGGACAUUGUACGAAAAAGCCAUUGAGAAUUUUUGUUCUGAUCUCUUCGACCCAAGUGGACACCCAAAAUACGAUUCUGCUGUACGUGACAUGAAGCAAUCGAAGGGACGGGAGAUUCGUGAAUUGUUGUCGAAGGGUAUGGGUACACAUCAUGCCGGAAUGCCUCGCGCGGAUCGGAACUUGGUCGAACGCCUCUUUGCGGAAGGUGUGAUCAAAGUUCUCUGCUGUACAGCAACGUUGGCUUGGGGUGUUAAUUUGCCAGCCGCCGCCGUCAUCAUCAAGGGUACACAAGUUUACAAUGCGCAAGAGGGCAAGUUCACCGACUUAGGUAUCCUCGACGUUUUGCAGAUUUUCGGUCGCGCGGGUCGGCCUCAAUUUCAGGAUACAGGUAUCGGUUUCAUAUGUACAACACAUGACCGCCUUGAGCAUUAUUUGCGUGCCGUUACCGAACAACAGCCCAUUGAAUCCCGAUUCUCAUCUCGUAUGGUGGAUAACUUAAAUGCCGAGAUCUCCCUUGGAACUGUCACUACCGUAUCCGAAGCCGUGCAGUGGCUAGGUUACUCAUAUCUGUUUGUGCGGAUGCAGAAGAGCCCCUUGAAUUACGGGAUUGACUGGGCAGAAAUUCGAGACGACCCCCAACUUGUUCAACGACGGAGGAAGUUGAUCAUUGAUGCCGCGCGAGUUCUUCAAGCAAGCCAAAUGAUUAUUUUCAAUGAAACUACCGAAGAUCUACGGUCGAAAGAUGUUGGCCGCAUCGCGAGCCAAUUCUACGUGCAGCAGUCCAGCAUUGAAAUAUUUAACACUAUGAUGCGUGCGCAGGCCUCUGACGCGGAUGCUCUCGCCAUGGUCAGCAUGAGCGGAGAGUUUGACCAGAUUCAGUCCCGUGAUACUGAAGAGAAGGAGCUUUCAUCUCUCCAGGAAGAGGGCUAUGUCGUAACCGAAGUCAAAGGUGGUGUAGGCACACCCCACGGGAAAACGAACGUUUUGUUACAGUCCCAUAUUUCAAGAGCUAGACUUGAGGACUUCACGCUAGUGUCGGAUACGAAUUACAUUGCCCAAAAUGCCACACGUAUUGCUCGAGCAUUGUUCAUGAUUGCCCUCAAUCGUCGAUGGGGUUAUCAAUGUCGGGUUUUGUUGAGUCUAUGCCAAUCCAUCGACCGCCAAGUAUGGGCCAUCGAGCAUCCGUUGCAUCAGUUCGACCUUCCUCAACCGGUUCUGCGAAAACUAGACGAAAAAUGGCCCUCGAUCGAAUCACUGAGAGACAUGGAGCCAGCCGAGAUAGGUCAAUUAGUGCACAAUCAGAAGAUGGGAACGGUGGUCUCAAAAUUGCUAGACAACUUCCCCACUCUCGGCAUCGAAUCAGAGAUCGCUCCUCUGAACCGCGAUGUUUUGCGCAUUCGGUUAUGGAUUACCCCGGAAUUCAAAUGGAAUGACCGACACCAUGGUAUGUCCGAAUCAUUUUGGAUUUGGGUUGAGAAUUCCGAAACUUCGGAAAUCUUUCAUUCUGAAUACUUUAUUCUAUCGCGAAAGAAAUUGUACGACGAUCACGAGUUGAACUUCACGAUUCCGUUGUCGGACCCAUUGCCAUCCCAGAUAUAUGUUCGUGCCAUAUCCGAUCGAUGGUUAGGCGCAGAGACUGUUCACCCUAUCUCGUUCCAGCACCUCAUCCGACCAGACACCGAGAGUGUAUAUACAGACCUGCUCAAUCUACAGCCUCUGCCGCUAUCUGUUCUGAAGAAUCCUAUCCUUGAAGAACUCUAUGGUAAACGUUUCCAAUAUUUCAACCCUAUGCAGACCCAAAUCUUUCAUUGCCUGUACCACACGCCCGCAAAUGUACUCCUAGGAUCACCAACUGGUAGUGGCAAGACAGUAGCUGCUGAGCUCGCGAUGUGGUGGGCUUUCAGAGAGAAACCCGGAUCUAAGGUUGUCUACAUUGCACCAAUGAAAGCACUUGUCCGUGAACGAGUGCAGGAUUGGGGAAAGCGCCUUGCCGGUCCCAUGGGAUUGAAGCUCGUCGAAUUAACCGGUGACAAUACGCCUGACACUCGUACAAUUCGCGAUGCGGAUAUAAUCAUUACGACCCCAGAGAAGUGGGAUGGUAUCAGUCGUAGCUGGCAGACUCGUGGGUACGUUCGUCAAGUAUCCCUUGUCAUCAUUGACGAGAUUCAUCUCCUUGGCGGUGAUCGUGGCCCCAUUCUGGAGAUCAUUGUAUCGCGAAUGAACUACAUCGCGUCCCAAAGCAAAGGCUCAGUUCGAUUGCUCGGCAUGUCUACAGCAUGUGCAAAUGCAAGUGAUCUUGGUAAUUGGCUUGGGGUGAAGGAAGGACUCUUCAACUUUCGACAUUCGGUCCGACCUGUUCCUCUAGAAAUCUUCAUUGAUGGAUUCCCCGAACAACGCGGCUUCUGUCCCCUAAUGCAAAGUAUGAACCGCCCCACCUUCCUCGCUAUCAAGCAACACUCUCCUGAGAAACCUGUUAUUGUGUUUGUUGCGUCCCGUCGUCAAACACGACUUACAGCACGGGACCUGAUCAACUUCUGUGGCAUGGAAGACAAUCCUCGUCGCUUUCUUCAUAUGCCAGAGGAAGAUCUUGCUCUCAACCUUUCUCGGGUCAAAGAUGAGGCCCUCAAAGAGGCUCUCAGCUUCGGUAUCGGCCUCCAUCAUGCCGGUCUUGUUGAGACGGAUCGCUCCUUAUCUGAAGAGUUAUUUGCCAACAACAAAAUCCAGAUUUUGAUUGCCACUAGCACUCUGGCUUGGGGCGUCAAUUUACCAGCUCAUCUUGUGGUUGUGAAGGGCACGCAAUUCUUCGAUGCGAAGACUGAAGGCUAUAAGGACAUGGAUCUUACUGACGUUCUGCAAAUGCUUGGUCGUGCAGGUCGCCCUCAGUUCGACUCUUCGGGUAUAGCUCGAAUCUUUACUCAAGAUGCGAAGAAGGAAUUCUAUAAGCACUUCUUGCAUACCGGGUUUCCAGUUGAAUCGUCUCUCCACAAAGUACUGGACAACCAUCUUGGCGCAGAGAUAUCUGCUGGAACGAUCACUACAAAACAAGACGCCCUGGAUUAUCUGACCUGGACCUUCUUCUUCCGUCGCUUACACAAAAAUCCUUCUUUCUAUGGACUGGAGAUAUCGGCCGAGGAGCAUAACACAAUCGCAGCGCAAACCAUGGCUAACGACUAUAUAGUAGAACUUGUUGAAACAUCUCUCCGGGAGUUAAGUGAAUCGUCUUGCAUAGCGAUGGAGCAAAACGAGAUUGACUCCACUCCACUCGGGAAAAUCAUGAGUUAUUACUAUCUCUCCCAUAAGACUGUUCGAUACCUGGCCAAACACGCUAAACGAGAUGCAACCUUUUUUGACGUUCUAUCUUGGGUUUCGCAUGCUACGGAAUACGACGAAUUGCCUGUCCGCCAUAAUGAGGACCUGAUCAAUGCCGAGCUUUCAAAUGCCCUACCACUGAAAGCUGACGACUUUGGAUUGCCCAUGUGGGACCCACACGUUAAAGCCUUCUUACUCCUUCAAGCGCAUUUCUCUCGAAUUGAUCUCCCCAUAACCGACUACGUGGGCGAUCUCAAUAGCGUUCUGGAUCAAAGUAUCCGUAUUGUACAAGCAUCCAUCGAUAUACUUACAGAGUUGGGAUAUCUUUCAAGCUGCGAAAUGAUGGUGACAUUGCUCCAGGCAAUUAAAUGUGGCCGUUGGCCUACUGAUGGACCUCUUUCCAUUCUUCCAGGCGUCGAACCCGAGAGGGAGAGGAAGCGUAUGGAACAUCCACAGUCCAAUCCCAAGACCCUAAUUGAAGCUACGCUUGCAAAACUGGCAACGCUCGAGAAAGCUGCACGUAUUUCUGGUGUAGCUGCCGGGGCGGUGAAACGAUUUUCAGAGCCCGUCUCACGACUGCCAAUCCUGAAUGUCCGUGUCGGGGAUGUGAAUGCUACACAGCUUUCUUUUACUCUACAGCGGAAUAAUUCUGCCCGAACUGGACCAGGAGGAGUGCGUAUAUAUGCCCCUCGUUAUCCUAAGCCACAAACAGAAGGCUACUUCGCCAUCGUCUCCUACUCGGGUUCGGACGAGACAAUCGCUUUGAAGAGAGUUGGGUGGAAUGAUACAGGAAGAGGUGCGAGCUCCAAAUUGCAGGCAUCCAUCAAGAUCAGCUUGCCGGAAGCAGCAAGGGGAAAGAAGGUCAACGUUACGAUUCUCAGUGAUGCUUACCUAGGGAUGAAAUGGGAUGUUCCCAGUGUUGACGUACCGGAAGCACCAGCUUUAGAGCUGCAAAAAGGCAAAUAACGCCUAUAAUUGAAUGUUCAUAUUGACAAACAAUGACAAAC